AUGAGUCUCGUAUACUCCAUCAAAACGGCGCUCGACGCAAUCUGGGAACCCGACGCAGAUGAUCCUAUCCUCCACUAUGGUUCUUCUGUCGAUGCUGAAGAAAACCUUCGCUUGCUCAUGCAAGAUCCCGACAGGGCCUUGAAAAUCGCUGAUUUGAAAUUGCGUGUAUUUCCGUUUUACGAAGUUGACGAAUGCUGGCUCCGACUUUACACCGAUGCGCGUAUUGUCAAAGCGUGUCUAAUCAUAAUUUCCAAUUGCCACUUAACGUCGGAGAAUCCUACUGAACAGGAUAAAGCCGACAUCGAACAAAUCAUUGAGGAGCUUGAAAACUACAAAGGAGUCAUAUCUAUUUCACCCAAUGCCAGCUGGCUCUCAGAGGCAAUUCAUGAAUUUGAUCGUGCAUUGAUCAUGACGGGCGGCCUAGGGCGCGAGAAGUGCAUUCAAGAUUUGAUUUCCGAACUUGAGCUAGCCGCUAAUAUCAACAAACCUGAUAAUCCAACCAAUUCCGACCAACCCCACAAAAAGCGAAGAAAGAUCGAUACAUCUACCUUGUUUCCUCCCACCUCACUUCCCGAGCCUCGCCUGAACCAUUCCAUCUCCCGGAUAUCAGCACCUACGUUUGAGGCCAUGCAGCACCACAUCCAGAACAUGCGUACCCCAAUCGUCAUUACCAAUGCCAUUGACGAAUGGCCUUGCUUCCAAGAACGGCCCUGGGCUUCGCGUGAAUAUUGGGGGAAACGUACAUUCAACGGCACCCGUCUAGUUCCUGUGGAACUGGGCAGAUCAUACACGGAUGACAAAUGGUCUCAAAAAAUCAUGGAAUUCCGGGAGUUUAUCGCCAAGUACACCUGGGAUGACCCAGAGGUUAUCUCGCAGUUCGAAAAGUGGGAGUCACCUGACGGACACGAGAAAUCUUGGGAUAUGGGCUACAUGGCCCAGCAUGAUCUCAUUCGCCAAAUUCCUGCUUUGGCCGACGAUAUCGGUACUCCCGAAUAUUGUUAUAUUUGCCCACCGGGCCCAGAGCCAGGAACUCCUCUGUAUGCUGCGAAAGAGCCCAAACAAGCUAAGGAAGCCAAGGAAACCAAGCAGAACGUCGAAACACAGCCUCCUGCUGUCCCUUCUCUUGUCUCCGAUGAUGCGUCUGACAGCUCAGAUAUGGACACAGCCACUGACCCCAUCAUCAACACCUGGAUCGGUCCGGCAUACACCAUCUCACCGCUGCACCAUGAUCCAUACCAUAAUAUUCUGGUCCAAAUCGUUGGUAAAAAGUACAUUCGCCUCUACUCACCGCACUCCCCAGCCUCACAGAUUCACCCCCGUGGCAAAGAACGGAUGCAAUCAGUCGACCCCAGCGUGCCAGCCGGGACGAGCUGCGUCGAAAAAAUGAUCGAUAUGUCCAACACCUCUGAAGUGGAUAUUACAGCGAUUGAGGAGUCCCCUAUUGAAAGUGACCAUUGGGAGGAUCUUUGGCCUGGUUUCCAGGAUCUCGACUACGUUGAUACCAUCCUGCACCCCGGGGAGUGUUUGUACAUUCCCCUGGGAUGGUGGCACUAUGUACGUGCCCUGCAGGGUGGUAUUAGCGUUAGCUACUGGUGGAAGAACAGUGCGGAGUAA